CGCAUUUGGGACAGGAGCUCCGCGGCGGGCUUUGACUGAGCAGCGCUGGACCUCCAAUACAAUCCGGAUUUAUUCCAAUCCUUUAACCAGCCACAAAGAGAGCCGUGGGCACCGGAACACCCGUGUUAUUUAAAGAAGAAGAGGUUUAGCUGUUUAAUCUUUACACCUUCACCUGGAACAGAGAGUGAGGGCUUAAGGAGACCUUGGAUCUCAGUUUUAUACAUAAAGAAUACAGUGUUGAAGAGAGCGUGAGUGUGAGCUGCUCGAGGACACUUUUUAUCAUGAACACGAACGGGCCCUAUCAACACCCCGCUUAUAGCAGAGGAAGUGGUGGCCAUGACCAGGUGUCCAUCCACUGCCUGCGCUGCAGGGACAUCUGUAAAGGAGAGGUGGUGCGAGUGCAAAACGUCCACUUCCAUGUCAAGUGCUUCACCUGCCAACUGUGCGGCUGUGAUCUGGCUCACUCUGGAUUCUUCCAGAAGAGAGGUAAAUACAUCUGUACGGAGGAUUACCAGCGCCUGUACGGCACCAAGUGUGACAGCUGUGGAGACUUUAUCACAGGAGAGGUGGUGUCUGCUCUGGGACGUACUUACCACCCCAAAUGCUUCAUUUGCAGCAUCUGCAGUAAGCCGUUUCCUAUCGGUGACAGGGUGACCUUCUGUGGGAAGAAGUGUGUGUGUCAGCAGUGUUCACACACACUCGGCAACAGCAAUGAGCCGGUGAAGAUUCACGGGCCGAGCCACUGUGCGGGGUGUAAGGAAGAGAUAAAACAUGGCCAGUCUCUCUUGGCAUUGGAGAAACAGUGGCAUGUCAGCUGCUUCAAAUGUCAGACCUGUGGGAUGGUCCUGACCGGAGAAUACAUUAGCAAGGAUGGGAUCCCUUACUGUGUAUCUGAUUACCAAAACCAGUUUGGAAUCAGGUGUGAGACGUGUAGAAGGUACAUCAGUGGAAGAGUGCUGGAGACUGGAGGAAAGCACUACCACCCCACCUGCGCUCGCUGUGCACGCUGUCACAUGAUGUUUAAUGAAGGGGAGGAGAUGUACCUGACAGGUUCAGAGGUCUGGCACCCCAUGUGUAAGCAGGCAGCAAAAAUGGAGCGCAAACUCAGGCUCAGACGUACCUCAGAAGCCUCCAUCUCUCCAUCUGGUUCCAGUAUCAGCUCUCCCAGUAGAGUGAUCUGUGCUAAACUGCAGAAUGAUAUCCUCCAUUAUAAGGUUCUGGCCGUGCUGCCAAAGAUUAAGUCUAUAUAUGAAGCGCAGCAGCCCAAUCUUAUACCCUAUGAGCCCAAUCACACAUACUCGUCAUAUGACGGGCUAGAGCACUACAGCUAUGGCAAGUCUGUGCAAAGCCCAGUUCAGUACUCGCAGGAUAUCUAUGACAGUGUAGAUCUCAGGCACCGUGGCUCAUCUAGCCCGGGCUACAUCAUCAACUCUCCCACCUACAGCCAGCAGGGCAUGUCUCCUACUGUCCCCCGCUCCCCUCAGCUGUACUACAGUUCCGGCACUUUGAGUGGCAGGAAUUCACCAUAUUACAGUCAGCUUGAUGCCAGGUCCAGCACGCCCACCAUCAAUCUAGCCCCCAAGCAUUUUCAUGUGCCAGAUGACAAUGAAAAUGAAGCUACAAAGAGCAAAACGAGUGAGGAUAUAUUGUCUUCUCCUUUCUCAUCGUAUUCUCCAGACCACUAUCAGAACCCAGAGUCUGACUAUUACCAGUACACUGCCUCUCCUAAAGUUACAAGAGCACAGAGAUUUUCUUCCAGUGGAGAUGAAGAUGCCUGGAAUCAGAGCAUUAACAGAAUCCAGGGAGGGAUUGGGAGGAUGAGCCUAAAGGAGGAGAUGAAGGCCAGGUCUGGUUCCUAUGACAACGACCUCUGGGCCAGUGCUCGCAACUCUUAUAAUGGCAGCAAAGAGACUCUGCAUAACAUGGGCUGUAGCAGUACAAUCAAUGGCUCUCCCAGAUCCCAGUACAGUGCUGAAAGUGAUUCCUUCAUCUCUAAGUCAGCAUCAUUGCCAGGGUACGGCAGAAACUGCUUGAACAGGCCUCACAGUGCAGACUAUUUUCACUACGACAGCAGCAGUUCAGUCAACAUGACUUACAGAGACUACAAGAUAUACCCCUAUGAGGCUCUGAUAGUAACGGUUAGAGGACGCUGUCAGCUCCCACAUGAUGUGGACAGAGCAAGAUUAGAGAGACAUCUGUCCCCACAGGAGUUCUAUCAUGUCUUUGGAAUGACUGUGGCAGAUUUUGACCGGUUGGCACAGUGGAAACGAAAUGAGCUGAAGAAACAAGUCAGACUGUUUUAGAAGCUUAAUAUCUGGACUAAAGCAACUGAACUCAUGCCAAGGCCACACAGUACUGCUAGAUUCAAUUGGAUCUGGAGGAACCAAAUGGACUGGCACAGAGAUCUGGAUCCCUCAAAUGAACUUUUCUGGUCAGGUCCAUCAGACAGAAAUGUGAAAAUUGGAACAGUCUGGAUUUAUUUAAUGCUUUAAAAUAAAAAUUAAUACAUUUUUAUUAAUUAGUGGCUCUGUUGAAUUAAAGAUGUGAAAACUUUGCUCUGCGACAGUAGUGGAUUCUUUUGUUUUGAAUUAUUUCAGGGUUGUUUUCCUGAUUUAGCACUUGAGACUUCAAGGAAAAGUUCACCUAAAACUGAAAAUUCUGUCAUUAUUUACUCACCCUCAUGUUGUUCCAAAACCGGAUGACUUUAUUUUUGGGAUGAUCUAUCCCCUUUGCCUUAUCAACGAAAUAAAAAUGUCAGCUCCACCAGCUGUUCGGAACGAAUGUUGAGCGAAUCUGAAAUAUCAUGUCAGAAUGUUGUAAGGACAUAAUCCUCACUAUGCUGUAUGAAGAAUGUUGAGUUUAUGAAGUGAACUGUUUGCUUGUGUGUUAUCUAAUAAUAUACAACAGUUAGUUCUGGUCCUCAAAUCUGAUUGGACGAGAGACGUUCUAUGAGUACUGAUGGUCUCACACUAUCAGCACUCGGACGCUUCACUGUGUGUAUCACUGCACUUGUGUUCGUGCCGUUCUAAACGAAAGUGUAAGAGCAGUGCAGAUGUGUUAAGAGCCAUCUGUCUCUUUACAUUUAAUUUUGUGACAUUACAUAUUUUAGCCAGCAGGUGGUGGCAAAAGAUCAUUUUUGCGUGUAAUAUGAGCCAGUUGGUGACAUGAAGUGUGUCAGCGUCACUCAGUGUUUAUAUUCAACAGCACUCCGUGAUCGCUCAUAUUACUACUACACUACUAAAGCUAGGAAAUAGCUUUAAACUACUUUAAACGAACAACUUCAGCAUUAAGGCUCAUCAUAGCUGAGAGACACAACAGACUGAUUAAUUACACAAACUCAAGGCACAUAUCUCUUACCGGACUUUCCACAUUGGAAAUACUGUUCAAAAUGGAGGAGGACAUUGUGGUUUCUAUAGUGAAAGAUUCUUGCACACCAGCUACCAUGGAAUAGGGAGGUGUACCUCAGCUUGGAUGGCUAUUUUUCCACUGAGAAAAUAGGAUGAACUUCACCAAAAUGACAUUAUCUUCAGAAAGCUGACUAACAGACUACAGCAUCAACAACAGGUGAUCGCACAUGCUCCAUCUCUCUCUCUCUCUCUCUCUCUUUCUCACACACACACACACACACACACACAGCCCAAGCCGUGAUACUAGUUCUAAAGUAACGUUUUUAAGAGGCUUGGACACAUCAUUUGGUUUGAACCAGCAACAGCAUAUUCUGAUCCGUCGUGUAAGAAAGUAGUUCCAUGCACAAAUGCCUUUUUUAUGACCGUACUCAGUUUUUCCUAAUUUUUUUAAAUGUACUUGUUCAUUGAACUUGUCGGCCUGUGGUCGAAUCACAGCAGUGCUGAUGUAGGGACAUAUCGCACUCUUGCUCGUAUGAUAUUGCUUGAAUAUUUAAAUUAGUGUACUGUGUGUGUGUGUGUGUGUGUGUGUGUAUGUGUGUGUGUGUGGGCAGGUUUAAGUGGUUUACGAGGACUUUUUUUUAGGUUACAAACGGGUAAUUACAAGGGUAUUAUGAUAUAAAUGUGGUUUAUGAGGACAUUUCUAGUGUCCCCAUAAUUCAAAUCACUUAAAAAACAUACUAAACAAUGUUUUAUUGAAAAUGUAAAAAUGCAGAAAGUUUUUUUUGUGAGGGUUAGGUUUAAGGGUAGGGUUAGGGUUAGGGGAUAGAAUCUAUAGUUUGUACAGUAUAAAAAUCAUUAUGUCUAUGGAGAGUCCUCAUAAUGAUAGCUGCACCAACAUGUGUGUGUGUGUGUGUGUGUGUGUGGACAAGUUUAAGUGGUUUAUGAGGACUUUUUUAGGUUACAAACUGGUAAUUACAAGGGUAUUAUGCUAUAAAUGUGGUUUAUGAGGACAUUUCUAGUGUCCCCAUAAUUCAAAUCUCUUAAAAAACAUACUGAACAAUGUUUUUUUUUUUUAUAAAUGUAAAA